UUGCAACGGUCUUAAUUCAGAUCUCAUUGGAUCUGAUAAAACAAAACAAAGAACUAAGCCUCCUUAUCAGCUACCUGUAGACUAUUCCUUCUACGCGCAUACAGCUAUGUUUUCGUGAAGCUUCAGAUUGGCCGCGGUGAUAUUUUUCUUAUCAAUUCGGGGAAGUUUCAAGAGGCAUUUAUCUGCCAUUAUUGCUUUUAGUCAUCAAAUGGAGUUUACGCCAAAAGGCGAAGUUAGUUGCGAAUUUGUGAAAUAAAAAGAAACAACGCAAUGUCCUUCAAAGUACUCCUUAUUCUCCUUUCUUUUGCAACCCUUGCAUCCAUUACGCAUUGCAAUGAAGUCUGCCUGUGCUGUGGUGAAGAAGUUCUCAAGCAAGAUCUCAAAAACUGCAAUGACGUUGGGACACAAAUAAGUGAAGCAGAAGCUAGAAGUCUCCUUGAUUUCUGUCUCAAUAAUAAAUAUUAUCGGAGGAGCCCAGACUACCUUUUUGCAACUAUGUUGCAAUUUGAUCCAGAAACCCUGAGUACGUUGCAUGCUCCAACUUAUAACUGCUUCGAGGUCUACAACAGUUUAGAAGGGAUCAUCUACCGUGUACCUGUUAACGGUUCGGAGUUGUUCAAGAGGGUAUCUAGUUAUGAGUACUACAUGGGAAUUCAGGAGGAAUACAUUAAUCCCAAUUUGGUGGAGAGAGUUGUUCAAGGAGCUAUAUCCAAGACAACCUUUGAACCGUUCGAUCCUAACGUAUUUCCACAAACGGAAAACUUCAGCAGGUACUUCUACGUUGUACGUCUGCCUGUUUCAUACAAGCUCCUUGAUGUUGAGGACAUUGGUGAAGCACUAGUUCCCUACUGGGAAAGAUAUGAUUACGAAGAUAUCCCAGAAUCUGCAGGAGAAUUUUCAAUUUGUAACCACGAAGAUGACUUUGUUGAUCUGGAGUUAACAUUGACUGAACCACACAUGAUACGCCUAAGCUUUAACAACUAUACUUUAUUCCGAACUGCUAACGAUUACUUGAAUAGGCUUCCUGACUCUAACAUUCCGUCUAUAAUUGAAUUAACAGACAAUGAUAAACAAUACAUAGUUGGAUUGACGCAGAGCUAUGUAGGCAUUGAGUAUCUAGUUGAGAAUGAGCACAAAGUUCUAACAAACAGAACUAUUCCUCCUCAUGAAUGUAUCUCCGGAGAACUCAUGUUCAUAAAGAAAAAUCGUAAGAGGCAGAUAAGGGCAGUAAUUGAAGUAAAUCUUGGUACCAUAGCAGGUUUCAAGGAUGUAAUACAGUUAACGAAACUUGGAACGAAUGCCACAUAUACCAUCAAAGAUCUCUUCGUGGAUAAGAUUAAACACCAUCGAGGUGUCAUAAUCAUCUCCUACAGUACCGCCUGGUUUAUCCUAGGAAUGGUUGUUGGAAUCAUCUUCUUCGGUUUACUUCUUCUGAUCGUCAUCAAGUCAAUAAGUUGUGUGGAGAACUUAAAGAUAUCACCAGAUUGGGAAAGAACAAAUGAACGUACUGCUGAAGCACGGGUAAGAGCAGCUGCAAUAGCUCAGUUCACGCAGGAGAAAGCUGCAAUCCUGGGAGAUAGUCUUGUGAGACUAGGAGACUACAUUUGUAACGUUGGAACGUGGAUUUAUCAAGAGAUUAAAUAAAUAAAUGUCUAAAGACAAAUUAUUAUUAAACUAUGUAUUAUUUUAAAAAGAACUUAAUGUCAUUAAAAAUGUUUUCUUAUUCUUAA